AUGUUCGGCAAGGGGCGUCGGUCAGGCUCCUACCGCAGCUCGCGUGCCGACGGCCGCCGCUCGCGUGCCGACGGCCGCCGCUCCAACGCAUCACGCACCUCGGAGUCGGAUGGCAUCAGAAACGCAUCAGGUCAUUCGUCAACAUCCACCUCACGGACGUCGUCCACCAGUGUCACCGACCAGUCGGCCUUUUUGACGACUCCCGACCCAGAUCCGCUGCCAGCCCAGCCUCAAGCUCCUUUUUUCGGAGUUGCCUUCGCCCCGUCACACCUCCCGGCCUUUGAACCACAACAGGUCGGUCCGGGGCAGGCCCCUUUUCUGUUUCCCGGUCCGCACCAGGGAUACUACGCGGCGUCGCCGGCUGCAGGAACCGAUGACGGGAGUCAUGACGGCAGUGAUGACUCGGCCGCUUCGCUGGCUGUGUCGCCUGGAUCGCCCCAGUCCUCCAAUCCGGAGAAUAGCGAACGAGAGACGACGAGAGAUGCAGCCACGAGAACAAAGAAGGGCCAUCGGAGAGAUCGGAGCGUUGCCCUAGGCAACCCACCAACGGACUAUGUCCUUGUUGACUACCCCACGGUCCAAGGCGUGAUGAUGGGAGGAUAUGAUACCUCUUACGCCACAGCUUCAGGCGGUAUCACUGGAGGCUACCAGACUUUCCAUCGCGACCACCUCUUUCUUGCUGCCGACGGCCAGUGGUAUCAAGCGGCGCCCCAGUAUCCGAUCGCUCAUCAGUAUCCGGCCGGAAUAGCUGAUGCAGACCUCGAGGACAAUAAUGGUCAGCCGGACGAGGAACAUUUCGGCUCCUGCAUCCAGGACAAUCAAGAGGCCCGCGACCAAGAGAAUCAUGUCCUGGAAGAAGAAAACGAUGACUGGGUCCGGUGCCAGGAUGACGAGCUUUGGAGUGCCGGCCACUAGCCUUGAGCUGUGUUGGUGUGGUCGGAUGGAGAAAAGGAACAAAAUGGAAUUCCCAGAUUGACGAAGAACGGGUAGGCUUUUGUGAUUUUUCUUUCGGCCUUGCCACUCCUUCCAUUGAACCAGGCCAAGCUAGGCCGGACCAGCUCGCCACUCUCCGGCGCCAGCUGAGGUUCCGAGUUCGUGUCCCGGGGAAGUGGUGUUACUCGCCACUUGCUACCUGUUUCCGAUAUCAAUCGCCAGACGAAAAGUUUUUGAACGCGAUACUUUGCUUUCACCUGACUGUUGUUGGGGGCUGGGGCUGGUUGCUCUUGGGUGACAGAGUGGACGACGUUUCAGUCAGGGGCAGUCGUGGACCAGACCAGCUACCAUCGAAAUUGUUGUCGAGCAAUUCAUGACCGCAUUAGUACGCC